ACGUGAGAUAGGCAUAUGCCUCACCUCCAUACCUUCCUCCCCCACCAUUCCCCUUCCCUUCUCCCUUCCCUUCUAACAUCUAUCAAAUUUACACCUACUUCUAUCUCACCAACUAUUUCAACCAACCCUCUCUCUUCCCCUCCCUUGUAUUUAUUACUGCUCUGUCCCUUCCUCCUCCUCUGUCUCUCCCCUAUAAUUUAAGACAUAAUCAUCUUGCAACAUAUUGGCCUUUAGUAGCUCUUACUAGCUCUCCUUGGUCCUUCAUUCUGUUUUGUUGAUAUUACUCUCUAUUACAAACUGCUUCAAACCGAGAAAUUAACAAGACCCAAAAUCUUUCCCUUCAAGAAUCAUGAUAUCUAUAGCCUCGCUUGAGCUUGAACCUGCCAAGCCAGAAAUCUCUCCUCCUCAGAAUUCUGAUACUCAUAUUUUCAGAUCAAAAUUACCUGACAUUCCCAUCUCUAGCCAUCUCUCUCUCCAUGCAUACUGCUUUGAGAACCUCCUCAGUUUCGCUGAUAGACCAUGUCUUAUUUCAGGCUCCACUGGCAAAAUCUAUUCUUUUGCUGAAACCCACCUCAUAGCUCAGAAGACUGCUGCUGGGUUAUCCAAUUUGGGAAUCAAGAAAGGGGAUGUCAUCAUGAUUCUCCUCCAAAAUUGCCCUGAAUUCGUCUUCUCUUUCAUGGGUGCUUCCAUGCUUGGAGCAGUCACCACUACUGCCAACCCCUUUUAUACUCCAAAUGAAAUAUUCAAACAGUUUACUUCUUCUCGUGCCAAGCUGAUCAUUACACAAUCUCAAUACGUUGACAAGCUAAGAGAUUCCCAAGAGAACCACCCAAAACUCGGCCAAGAUUUUACUGUAAUCACCAUCGAUGACCCACCGGAAAAUUGUCUUCAUUUCUCGGUGCUUUCGUCGGCCAGCGAGAGCGAAAUCCCAGAUGUUACCAUCCACCCUGACGAUCCUGUUGCAUUGCCCUUCUCUUCAGGGACUACAGGGCUCCCUAAAGGAGUGAUAUUAACUCACAAGAGCUUGAUAACGAGUGUGGCCCAGCAAGUAGAUGGAGAGAACCCAAACUUAUACUUGAAAGAAGAAGACGUUGUCUUGUGCGUAUUGCCUCUGUUUCACAUAUAUUCACUGAACAGUGUAUUGCUCUGCUCGCUGAGAGCAGGAGCAGCGGUUUUGUUAAUGCAAAAAUUUGAGAUAGGAGCAUUGCUAGAGCUAAUUCAGAGGCACAAGGUGUCAGUAGCAGCGGUGGUGCCACCGCUAGUGCUGGCGUUGGCAAAGAAUCCGAUGGUUGCGGGGUUUGACCUGAGCUCCAUCAGAGUGGUGCUGUCUGGGGCCGCGCCUCUGGGGAAGGACCUAGAGGAUGCUUUACGUAGUAGGGUGCCACAGGCGAUACUGGGACAGGGGUAUGGAAUGACAGAGGCAGGGCCAGUGCUGUCAAUGUGCUUAGGAUUUGCAAAGCAGCCAUUCCCAACCAAGUCGGGUUCAUGUGGCACUGUGGUUAGAAAUGCAGAGCUCAAGGUCAUCGACCCUGAAACCGGUUGUUCCCUUGGCUACAACCAGCCUGGUGAAAUUUGCAUCCGUGGACAGCAAAUUAUGAAAGGAUAUUUGAAUGAUCCGGAGGCCACAGCAAACACUAUAGAUGUUGAAGGUUGGCUUCACACUGGGGACAUUGGUUAUGUAGAUGAUGAUGAGGAGGUUUUCAUUGUCGAUAGAGUCAAGGAAAUCAUCAAAUUCAAAGGCUUCCAGGUGCCACCAGCAGAGCUUGAGGCCCUCCUUAUAAACCACCCAUCAAUUGCAGAUGCUGCUGUUGUCCCGCAAAAAGAUGAAGUUGCUGGAGAAGUUCCCGUUGCAUUUGUGGUUCCAUCAAAUGGUUUCGAGCUUACUGAGGAGGCCGUAAAAGAAUACAUAGCAAAACAGGUGGUGUUCUAUAAGAAACUGCACAGAGUGUACUUUGUUCAUGCAAUUCCCAAGUCUCCCUCUGGAAAGAUAUUAAGAAAAGACCUAAAAGCUAAGCUAGCUACAACCUCCUCUUCCUGUUAGGAUUUGUUUAGUUGGGGUAAGUAAACUAAGGAAGUAAAACUUCUUGAGAACUGCAGAGAAGAGUCUUUUGCAUUAUCAAACCAACUUUUCAGGAAGUAUAGCAUUCUACUUCCUUUGUGCAAGGGAAGUAACUUACCUAAGUGAAUUUUGGUAAGUUGCACUUUCCUAAUUAAGUGUAAUAAAUUUAUCAAUUUAUCCUUUAAUUUAUUACACUUUAAAUUAUUUUAUGGGCAUUAUUAUAUUUUGGAAA